AAGUUUAAAAUGGAGAAUCUCCACAAUCAAUCUACCCACAAUCUUGUGCAAGUGAUUGAAGGUGGUUGAAGAUGAACAGUGGAGUGAACCAAAAGAAAAAGAUAUCAUAAUGAGAGGUGUAGCAGAAUCAUAUUGGCUAAUGCAACCCCUCAUCAUGAAGCUUUGAACUCCCCACUCCUUUUAGUGGUUACACCAUUUCCCUUUUCCCUUUUCUCUUCCUUCCUCCACAAACCAUUUCAAUAUUUCAAUCUUUUUCACUUUCUUUUAGAAAACAACUUAUUCUUUCAAUGCAAUUUUCUUCCACCUUUUCCAAACUCCUCCUCUCAUGCUCUUGAAUUGGCCCUACCAAUUCCUUAAUGGAAGGGCUUAUCCAUAUUCCCUUAAGAUGCCCUCUCAGCCACUUGAUCCUUGUAGCCUUUAAAUCACAGCCAUCUGAUGCAACUUUUCCACAAAAACACAGGAAAAACCAGAGUUUCUGCUCAUUUAUAUAGUUCAAACCCCUUGAGGGAUUGAUGGUUUUAUGUAGAACCAACAAUUCAAAUGCCGGGGUUCGGUGUUUUCCCUCUUGGUAGCUGUUUCGAUGGGUGCCGAGACCACGCUCAAGCGUCGGGAUUCGGCACGCGUAUAUGGAACUUGAGCGACAGGCCGAUCGAGCUGCAGAUAAGGGUAGGAUCAAUAUUGAAAAAGGUGCAUAGUUUGAAGCCAGGAUGCUCAAAGAGGUUGAAAUGUAAGAGCAUUUACAAAGCAUAUAUGCCAGGAAGGAGUAUGAAGAGCUUGCUUUAUUACUAUGAUGAAGCUUGCCAACCUUAUGUUUGGAUACAUGAAAGUGGAGGUGAUUCCAUGAGAAUGGUGAAGCAACAAUUCAUCAGUCUUGAAGAUUUGAGGGAAUUUUCUGAGAUUAGAAUCUUUCGGGAUCAUCAGCGCGGUUGCGUAUCGGUUCGGAAGAAACCGAGGCUGGGUUUCUGCUGAUUCUUAUACUAAAACAUGUUGUGUUUUGAAACUUUGUAACUUUU